AUGGUCUCCAAGAAGCAUCGCGCCAGAAAACCUCUGUUGUUAUCUCGCACCCGCCCAUCCGCGAUCAGAGGGGAGCGUGCAGCGCUGUCCUCCAAGGCAACUCGGAACCUGAUCCGGUCCCAUCAUCGACUGCUCAAGCGAAAGGCUCAAGCGCAGCAGGCUGGGGAUGAGCUUCUGGUCAAUCAACUAGAUCGGGAGAUUCGCGAGAACGGCGGGCUGGAGAGUUAUCAGCUCGCCAGCAAACUGGGGCAGUCCCGAGAACGUGGUGGCGAUUCAAGUAAGGUCCUGGUGAACUGGCUGGGCCCGCAUUUGCCUCAUGGGAAAGAUACACAGACAAAGCUUCGCGUGCUCGAAGUCGGGGCACUCAGCACCAAGAAUGCGUGCUCUACGAAUCAAUCUCUGGAGGUUACCAGGAUUGAUCUGAACUCUCAAGGGCCGGGGAUAUUGAAACAGGACUUUAUGGAGCGACCACUGCCUCGUGAUGACGCUGAUCGAUUUCACAUCAUCAGUCUUUCGUUGGUACUCAACUACGUGCCAGAUGCCAUUGGCAGAGGUGAAAUGUUGAAGCGAUGCGUGGCUUUCCUGACAUCGUCGCCGCCAUCUGACUCUACUCCGUCUGUCACGCCCCGGCUGUUCCUAGUUCUACCAGCUCCAUGCGUCAACAACUCGCGCUAUCUUACUCAUGGCAGACUCCACGAUAUAAUGACUAGCAUUGGAUUUUCUUUGUCCGAGAACAAGGAAACUUCGAAGCUAAUUUAUCAGCUUUGGGAAUACAACCAUGAAUGCCAAUCUCGUUCUUGGAAAAAGGAAAUCUUGAAUCCGGGCAAAACAAGGAACAACUUUGCCAUUAUCGUCAAAUGA